CCAUUCUGGCUCACACGCUUGGCCAAAGCAGUCUCGACAACCCUGGAGGCUUCGAGAGCUGUGCGGCACAUCAUGGGCUCGAGGCUCUCCUUCUUGGAGUCGCUCUCUUGUGCCAAUGAUGGGAAGAGCAGCUGCGUAGAGGUCGAGUCUUCGGUCACCCUUGGCGAUGGUGUAGCAGUCCCGCUGACAAAGAUCAGCGCGCGGUCGCUGGAGAGCACGUCCGACAGGCCGCUGCUUGUGCUGGGCCACGGGUUUACGAGGGAUCGCGGAGACUGGUGCAGUGGCCUCCGCAGUGUGUUGGAUGCCAGCUUCAGGCCGCCUUCCCCCCUGAUCGCGCACGGGGUUGCGUAUGACGCGAGGGGCCACGGCGGAUCGGAGGGCUGGCAGGGCAAGGACAGGUCGCAGUUCCACUGGUCGAGGCUGGGCAGGGACAUGCUGGAGGUGGCGGAGCAGCUGGGCGGCGGAGCCAGCAAGCUCCUGCUGGGCGGCGAGAGUAUGGGCUCCAUGGCCGCCCUCUGGGCCGCCACCCUCGAGCCCGAGAAGGUCCGGGGCGUCUUCCUCUACAAGGUGCCCACCAUUUGGGCGGCCCGCGCCGCCGCCCGGGGCAAGAGGCUCGCGGGCGCGGACGAGAUGGAGGACGCGGACCUGGCCGAACGCGCCCGGGGCGCGGCAGAGGCUGACUGCGUGGACGCGAGCGAGCUGGUGGAUAAGCUGAGGGACAUCCCGGUGGUUAUCGUGCAGGACGGGGCGGCGGCGACCCGAUGCACCCCGUCGCGUGCGCCGAGGAGCUGGCGGCGGUGCUCCCGCGAGCGCGGCUGGUGCUCUGCACGGGGCCCGACGUGGGCCAGCGGAGGCUCCGGCGGCGCCGGGACGCCGAGCUGGCGAGGUGGCUCGCGGACUGCUGCUCCUAAGUGGCUCGACCUAAUGCUACUGCUGCCGAGUGCGGCCGGCCAGAGCGGGCAGGCAGUAGGAUCGGCCGGCAGCGCCGUGGCACAAGUCCACGCCAGCGGUGGUCGUCAUGGUGCGCGCUGUCCGUGGCCGUAUCGGAGCAGACGGGUGCCGUGCGAGAGCAUGCGCUUUCACGAAACAGCACGCAUGUCGAGGUCGAUCGAACGACCGUCAGCCUGGACGGGUCUGUUGGGCCCGGUGCGAGGCGAAAGAUGCCCGUCUUGA